GAAUUGCAAGACAACACACAAUAAACAAAAAAAAAAACAGCAGUAGAUCCAUGUCGUACCGUGUUUUACCGCUUACUAGGUCAACGCGUCAACGUCGUCGACUCAAGGAUAACGACAAGAACAUAAUAUAAUAAUCAAAUUCACGCUGAUGAAACUAGUUUGGGUCUAGUAAUCCGCGUGUCGAAAUGUCUCUCCUGAUUUGCACCGACGACGAACGCAAGAGGAUCUUGCAAGUGUACAACAGGGACGAGGCAAGCCUCAAGGAGGAUGUGGAGUGCGUCAAGAAGUGGAUCAAGUCGCAGCCGCAUCUGCCCGAAGUGAUGGACGACAGGCAAAUCGAACGGUUCCUGACGCAGAACAAGUUCAGCAUCGAAAGGACCAAAGAACGGAUCGACAUGUACUACACUAUACGCGAACUGGUACCCGAGUUCUACAAGAACACCAAUCCGAAGCUGCCGCACAUGAAGUUCAUGCUGAACGCCACGUUCGUUUGUCCGUUGCCAAAGCUGACCAAAGACUUGUACAGAGUGCAGUUUUUAAAAAUCAACGAAGACGUGGACUCCGUAGAACAAUUCGACCCUAAUCAUUACUACAUGACCACCUUUCACUACGCUGAAAUCCGAAGCUGGGAAGACAUUAACCUUUCCACCAUUUUGGUCUACGAUUUUAAGGGUACCACCUUUGGACACAUCAGCAAGUUCAACCCCAUGCACACGAAAAAGGCUGCGAUGAUCCUCAAUAAAGUUUGGGGUGAUAGAAUAGCUGGAAUUCACAUAUUCAAUUGUCCAAGUUACGUGGAAACCUUCCUCAAUGCGAUCAAACCUUUUAUUAGUCAGAAGCUGAAGGAAAGGCUGCACGUCCACAAGGACUUGUCGUAUUUGCAACAGUACUUCGACAAGAGCAUCUUACCUAAGGACUAUGGUGGGGAAGAAAGGUCUUUACUAGAACUGCAUGAACUGUGGAAACAAAAAUUCGAAGAGUACCAACCAAGAUUCGACAUACUGGAUAGCUUCAAAAUAGACGAGAAACUCCGUCCGGAAAAAUUGAAGAACGACGACUUGUUAGGCUUCCACGGAAACUUUAAAUCAUUGGCUGUUGAUUAGUUUUUGUAAAUUUUGUUGAUUUGGUCCGGUUGAAUAAAUUGUGCUGUUACAAA